AUGCGCCGUGUGACUGCAUUGUCGUUGCCCGCCGCCGUUGUUAUUGGUGCCGCGGGCACUGUUCGCUUCUGUAGUGCCGCGGCCACUGCCUCCGCCGCGCCAUCGACGCCGCCGCCGCCGAUCUCGACACCGGGGCAGACACUCAUUCGCAACAUGCGGCCGCGGGAGCUGAUGCAGGAGCUCGACAAUUAUAUCAUUGGCCAGAACGACGCGAAGAAGGCGGUAGCAGUGGCGCUGCGCAAUCGCUGGCGACGCCAUCAAGUGGAACCGGAGAUACGAGAGGAAAUUGCACCAAAAAAUAUUCUCAUGAUAGGCCCGACAGGCGUUGGAAAGACGGAAAUUGCUCGGCGUUUGGCAAAGCUUGUGGAUGCACCCUUUGUGAAGGUGGAGGCGACCAAGUUUACAGAGGUGGGUUUUCACGGCCGAGAUGUUGAGAGCAUCAUUGAGGACCUCUACAAGGCGUCUCUGACGCAAACAAAGCACAAUCUCAUGCGGCAAAAUGAGGCUGUGGCUCGACAGAAGGCCGAAGAUCGUAUUUUGAAGGCAUUGGCAGGUGUGUCGGAUGGGUUUCGCGAGCACCUUCGCUCCGGUGCUCUGGACGACAUCGAGGUGAUGGUGGAGCUGCAGGAAAAGGCCCCCAAGCCAAAGACGGCGGCAGGUGAAGGCGUUUUUAUUGCCAUUGACCUCCCCGGUGCGUUGGGGGCUGCGCAGACUCGGACCGUGAAGAAGAUCCUAAAGAUUAAGGACGCCCUUCCUGCUGUACAGCAAGAGGAGCUUGAGAAGCUGGUUGACACGGAGGAUGUCUCUGCGGAGGCGUUGCGGGCGUGUGAAGAGGACGGCAUUGUGGUCAUUGACGAAAUCGACAAGAUUGUCACGGCCUCUGGGGGGCACAAGGGGCACCAGGCCUCUGCGGAGGGUGUUCAGCAGGACCUGCUCCCACUUGUUGAGGGCACAACCGUCUCAACCAAGUUUAAUGUGCAGAUAAAGACGGAUAAAAUUCUCUUUAUCUGUAGUGGUGCGUUUCAUAGCGUAAAACCCUCCGACAUGUUGGCAGAGCUUCAAGGGCGUCUCCCCAUUCGUGUGGAGCUGAAGCCACUUACCUGCGAGGACUUUCACCGCAUCAUAACAGAGCCAAAGUACAACCUUGUCAAGCAGCACAUUGCCAUGAUGGAAACGGAAGGAGUCAAACUUGUCUUUACGGAUGACGCCCUCUGGGAGAUCGCCAAUGUUGCCGCUCACAUCAACUCCACUGUGCAGAACAUCGGAGCACGUCGACUCAUCACGAUUACAGAGAAAGUUGUUGAAGAAAUCAGCUUCGAUGGACCUGACAGGAAGGGUGAGACGUUUGUCAUUGACGCGGCGUACGUGAAAAAGUCCGUAGAAAACAUGGUGAAGAAGGUGGAUAUCAAGAAGUUCCUGCUUUAG